CUAUAGACAAAUUGAAUAAUAGUUUUGGGUUUGUUAUUGGAAAAUGGACGGAGAGCCAGAACAUGAAGAAAAUGAGGUGAAGAAUGAAACAGAGAGGGAGACACCAGACGAUUCCUCCAAUGAGAAAGACAAUUCUCCAGUUGCAGUUGAUGGAAAUGAAAAAGAAGGUGUCCCAGCUGAAGAGGGUGCUUCACAUCAUGAAGAGGAAAACUCUGAAAGUAUGAAAGCUACUGGGGAGCCUCAUGUUGAAGCAGUCAACUCUGAUCCAGAAGAGAACAGUGGAGAUGAGCUCCCUGGUGUCGACAACGUCACCACAAGUAUAGACUUGGAUGUGAGGGUGAAUGAAGUCAAUGAGCAGUCAUUGUCCCAGGAGGAGAGUGUUGUUUUUGAAAUCAACAGCAAUGACAAUGAUGGAUCUCCCAGACUGCAUCUUGAGACCCCGGAGAGAGCCCAGACUACCAGUCCUGCACAGGAGGGGGAAAAGGAGACUGAGGAUGAGGAGGUCACUGCCGCUCCUGCAGAAAAUGAAGACACCAUCUAUGAGGAAUACAUGCAGCUCCUCCAGGAGCUCUGUGAGGAGAAAGACAAAGCCAGCCAACACAGCAGCCAGCUGCAGAUGAAGCUGGCAGAGUACCUCCGCAAGAAGGCCGGGGACGACGCCCAGCUGGAGAGGGAGAUGCUGGUGUCAGAGCAGCUGCAGGAGUAUGAGAAGUACAUUAACAUCCUGACUGACGUGAAACAGCAGCUCACAGCUGACUCAGAGACAGCCCAGCAGCAGGCAGAGGAGCUGAGGUUACAGUCCCAAGAGAAGCUGGACAAGGUGGAAAAUGAAUGGCAAGCGUUCAUGGCACUGAAGCAGCAUGUAGCUGUGACAGUGCUAAGCCGAUGCCUGGGUAAACAGGUGGCUCAGGCCAAAGUGGAGUCAACCCUGUCUGCAGAGCAGUUUCAGCAGGACGAGCUGAUCAAGCUGCGGCUCAAGCACAUCAAGCUGAGGAUCAAGAUUCACAGGCUGGAAGCAGAGCUCCGAGAUAGGGAAGAACGCAGCAGGGACCCCCUACAGCUCCAGUUUGAACAGCUGCAGGCCGCGAGGCUGGAGCAGAAAAAAGAAGCUGAAAAGCAAAGUGAGGAAUUGUUAAAGCUGCAGAACAAGAUCAGCAGCAGCUUGGAGCUCCUGUCAAACAUAAAGGAGAAGCUGUUCUGGACCCAGAUGGAGGUUCAGGCCAAGCGAGAGCAGCUGGCCGAAGUGGAGGCCUCGGUGGCCAGGAAGAGAGACCUCCUGACCAGGACCAAGCAGGCACGCAACAGCCUGCAGAGAGACAACCUGAGGCUAAAGGAGUGUCGUGGAUUACUGGGGAACAGGGUCCUGCUGCGGGACUUUGAGGACUCCGUGGACGCCUCCGACCGCCUGGAGGAGCAACUGGAGAAUCUGAAGUGUCGGCAAGCUGAGAUUGUCUUCAGCUGUGGCAGAUGGAAGAAGAAGCUGGAGACAGCUUAAUGAAUGAAUGAGAAAAAGACUGAAUUGACAUCUCAAAGUGAAAUCAGACGACACAGUAUCAGAGGUCUAAAGGUCGCUGAUUAACAUAUUGUAUUAAUCCAUACAGAAAAAGAAAUACUUUACACACUCUAACUAUUUCUUGGCGAACAAUGGCCAAGAGCCGUCUCCACCUUAAAUCUUGAAGUCACCAUGAGGAUGAUAAAAUGGUUAACAGAGAGUUUAGAUGAACAGAUAAAGUUGUAAAGGAAUGGACGACAUUUAGGGUAAAGCACUAAUUCACUUUCUUGCAAAGAGAAAAAUGAGAGGAUCUUUGCCACUCACAUGUUUAUGUGCUCUGCAUGGAGCUAUGGGCAGGAAGCAGCUUAGCUUAGCUUAGCAUAAAGAAUGGAAACAGAGGGAGACAGAGAGUCUGGCUUAGUGCAAAGUUCUCGUGUUUAAAUUGUACACACAAAGCUAUAGAAAAAUAAGUGGGGUUUUUUUCAGCGUUAAUUUUGAACAAACAACUAACUAGUAAUCACCAACCAGACAUGAAAAUAAUCUUGUCAUCAUCUGAAA